CUACGUUAUCGUGAUUUGUGUUAUAAUAUUAUAUUAUAUAUAUUAUUAUUCUAAAAUAUAUUUUUUUCCUUAUAAUUUUUUUUAUUUAAUAAUUUUAAGACACAAGCGCCCAAGGCAUUGGCCUGGAGUAAGCAUUUAGUUUAAUUUAAAAAGUAAACAGAAAGAAUAAUGAAAAGCUGAAAAAUGAAAAUGGAACUCCUUUUUGGGGGGAUAAAAGAUGAACUUUCUGUAAACACCAUAUUUAUGUGUACUUGUAAAGUACAAUCAAUAACCAAAAAAAACCAACUGAGAAUUCAGCUUUACAGCUAAUUUAAUAAGUUAAUUAAUUGAUUAAUUAAUUACUCAAAAUUACCACAUUGUCCCCCAUUGCAAUUCAAAAAAAUUUCACCCAAAAGGCCAAAACUAAUUUCAUUUUCCAGCGAAAACAUUUUUAAUCGUAAACGGAAAGAGUAAUCGGAAUCCGCCAUGAGAGAAUCCUCUCAGUAUCCUUCAGUUCAUCGCGCUUUCGGCGGCGGCCCCGUUGCUGAUGUUUUAAUGUGGAAGAGAUGGGGUGCAAGCGUUGCUUUGUUGGUUGGCUCAACUUCUACUUGGUACCUUUUCGAGCGUGGGGGUUAUAAUCUCUUAACCUUCAUUGCUAAUGUCCUGUUGCUCCUUGUUGUAAUACUCUUCUUCUGGGCUAAAUCAGCAUCACUUCUCAAUAGACCUCUACCUCCUCUGCCUGAUCUCACUGUUUCUGAUGAAACUGUGACCAAAGCUGCUGAUGUCGCAAGGGAGUGGAUCAACAAAGUGUUGUUAGUUGCACGUAAAAUUGCUGUUGGUGGGAAUCUGAAACUUUUGAUUCAGGUUGCUUCUGGAUUAUGGAUGAUUUCAUACAUUGGGAGCUUUUUCAAUUUCCUUACUUUGCUCUAUAUUGGGGUUCUUUUGAGUCUAUCGAUGCCAAUACUUUAUGAAAUGUACCAAGAUCAAAUCGAUAGCAACUUGCUUUUGGCUUAUAAUGUGGCUCGGGCUCAGUAUAGAAAACUUGAUCAGACAGUGUUGAGAAGAAUUUCAGGUGCAAUGUCCAAGGAAAAAAAGACACAGUAGAUAUAGUGUACGUUUUCUGAUCUUUAACUAUGCAUUAUUGGUAAUAGAAAUUUUACUUGCUUUGGGCUUUAAGGAUAAAAAUGCUGGUCUUGUGCUGUUAUCUCAUUUAAAUGAUGUUCCCUUUAGUAGUAUUACAAUUUAUUUGAUGUCCAAAGAGGAGUUACGGCUAGUAUCUAUGAAGAUAAAUUUGUUGCAGUUGAGGUAGAAACUCAAGGUUGCUAUGAGUUUUCGUGUUGUAAUUGCUUUUGAUGGCAAAUGUAGGAGAGCUUUGUGUUUUAAGUUUCAGUAUUUUCAGUCUGUAAACAAAAAUUGUGAACUCCAUUCUCAAAAAAAUGAUAAACUAAUGUACUACACUGUUGCAUACGCCUUUUUUAUAUUUUGUCCUCAAUAUUAAUGUCAACUGACAGUCCUGAGGCUCUUUCUUGUGACCAUCUUGGCUUAGCAUACACUGGAAUCUUGGUUUCAUACUUCAAUACUAUAUGAAGCACUGUAAAAAUGUUACAUUGUGCUUCAGAUUAUGAGAAGCCAUGUUCGUUUGCUGUUUUUGGGUGCAUUUCUUGGUACAAUCAUUUUAAGAUGAUGGUUAUGUGCAAUACAGCUCUGUAUCUUUAUAGAUUAGUAUCAUUCCUUUGGACGCACUUCCUUGACUACUUCCAUGUUCCAUCUAUGUGCAGGGCCAAUUUGUUUGAAGAUAUUGAACCACAUUUUGUGCUUUUAUGGAAAUUAACCAUCAAGACCUGUAGAAUUGUAGCCUCUUAACUGUUUUUGGAAAUUGCUAAUAUCAUCAUUUUACCUCAAUGAGUGCUGAACAUUGCUUACCUUGGUGGAUGCAAUACGAUAUGGGUGUGUUUUAUUUCUUCCACUGUACAAAACAUUUUUUCAUUAUGGUUUCGGCGAAGGAGUUGUUUGAUAGAGGGUGCUCAAAUUCACCAAGUCAGAGUACUUUGUAGUUCAUGAGCUUUGUAAGGAAGAAUAUGUUAUUUGGAUGGGUAAGGUUUCCUCUUGAGUAGUUAAUUCUAGAUUCGGAUGAGUUGAAUUGAAAGCCUUCAUGAUGGAAAUUCUUCAGCUUACUGGUUUGAUUGAUAUACCUUCAUAUCAGCUCUUCAGAUCAGCAAAAUUCUUACUUUCAUUAUUUUAUAUACGAAAUUGUGUUCAUUGCAACAGCUGGCGACCGUGUUUUGUUUUGUUUUGUUUGAGUCCGUAUCCAGUGCACCCGGG